AUGGAAGCACUCAUUGAUAUUAAUGCCAAACUUCAUGCUAGGGUUAAAGAGUUAGAACACGAAAAGAAAAGGAUUGAUGAUAAAAUUGAGGACCUAGAAGACACUGAUAAAUAUCUAGAUACUGAAAUUGAGGAUAUAG